UCCAUUCAAAUCAAAGAAAGAUAAAUUUGUCCAAAAUUUUCGAAUAUUCCAUCGAUUUGAUUAGAUCAUUACAGUCAACUGAAUUCCAAUUUUUCCUUUCCGUCUGAAAUUUCUCUGCAACUAUCGAAAAUGUUGAUCGUGAUUUUCGAUACAGAAAGAUCAUAGUCUUAUUGUAUCUCUAUUAUUCGUAACCAUACUGAAAAAAGGGAAGGAGACAACAAAUCGACCUCUGUUCUUUGUUUGUUUUGAUGGCUUAAAUUUCAACAUUUUUUGGUUGUCUUGUUAGAAAAUGACAAGCAGAGAGGCUUGUUUAGUAGUUUAUAAACUUUGAUUCUUGGUUUUUUCCUUAACACUUGUUUGAGAAUAUCGAAUAUAGUAAAAUAAUCCGUAGGGAUAAUUUUUGGCUGAUUUGUUUACAGAAAUCUCUGCAGUGACAUUGAGCUUAGGUUUGUUCAUCAGCUUGGUUUAAAUCAGAAUUUUGACUGUUUUGUUUAGAAAAAUCUGUUCAUAGGUUCAUUCAUCAGCUUCCUUCUGCUCUUUAAUGGCUGAUGAUUUUUUUCCCUUCACACCAUUUGAUUUCAAUGGCUCACUUGCAGGAACUUUCUUCCCCUCUAAUGGCAUCCACCAGAACCAGGAGACUGAGCUCAGAGGGAAAGAAGACGAUUGUCCAUUUGGAGAGUUAGGAGACUUCAACUUUGUCUCACCUGAUCAAUCUGGUUUUUACCAACAGGACAUUCUCAAGAUUGGAAAUGAAACAGACUAUCCACAGCCCAAUUCAGAUUGUCUGAUUCUUAACGAAAUUCUGUUCGGUAUCGGUAACGAUUUUACGCUUUCGGAAUUGAUUCAAGAGAAGUCAAAGAUAUCAGAUAAUCUGAAUGCAGAUUCUAUCAGUAUACAAGUUUUGAAUCCAUGUUUAGAAUCUUUGCAGCUGCUAAACAGCUAUGGCGCCAAAGUCAAGAGGAUGAAGGGGACAAAUCUUGAGAAAAGAGGCGGUGAAGCCAGUGAGGAGAACAAAAGCUUGUCAACUGAAGAGAUAUUGAGGGUAGCUGGAGCGAGAUAUGUCCAUUUCUUUCCCGAGGGGCAUGAUGAGUUCUACAUGCCAAUGCAUCCUUGUGACUUUGCUCUCGCCGGUCUAUCGGUGGACGAGCGAAACGACGUUGAGCUUGCUCAUGUCCUCUUUGCUGCAGCUGAGAAAGUAAGCUACCAGCAAUAUGAGCGAGCGAGCAGGCUGCUUCAACGCUGCGAAUGGGCUGCAUCCCCCUCCGGUAAUACCGUCCAGCGCCUCGUUUUUUACUUCGCAAAGGCCCUUAGGAAAAGAAUCAACAGAGAAACAGGAAGGGAAACAAUCAAGGAGCCAAAAGUAGAUGAGGUAAUGAGCCUUGAAGCACUUAGAGGAUUCAUGAAACUCCCUUUUCAGCAAGUGAUGCAUCUGACUGCUGUUCAAGCAAUCUUUGAACAUGUUAAACUGAUCACCAAAGUCCAUUUGAUAGAUCUUGAAAUCAGGAGUGGAGUCCAUUGGUCGGCUUUUAUGAAAUCGCUUGAAGAUUUGAAGGAUGAGCUGCCUAUUAAGCUUCUCAAGAUCACUGCUGUUGUAUCAGACAAAGGCCACUUGAUAGAACAGGUAGGAAAGUGGUUGGAAAACGUUGCUGAGUCCCUAAACAUACCCUUCUCAUUCAAAGCAAUCUUGGUAUCAGAUAUGAUGGAGCUAAAAGAAGAACUCUUCGAAACCGAAGAACACGAAAUGGUGGCAAUUUACUCGCCCUUAGUGUUGAGAACCAUGAUCACAAGGCCUGCUAGCUUGGAGAAUCUGAUGAGAGUAAUCCGAAAGCUAAACCCAUCGAUAAUGGUCGUUUCCGAGAUCGAGGCAAAUUAUAACCUAUCAUCAUUCGUGAAUCGCUUCAUCGAAUCCUUGUUCUUCACCGCUUCGUACUUCGACUGCUUGAAAACUUGCAUCGAAGAGGAUGAAGACAGCAGAAGGAAGAUCGAAGGGUUAUGUGGUGAAGGGAUUGAAAACGUCGUUGCAUCGGAAGGUAGCGAUCGGGUGGUGAGGAGUGUGAAGAUAGAGGUGUGGAGGGAGUUCUUUGGAAGGUUUAGAAUGGAAGAAAUGGAGCUGAGUGAUUCAUGUUUGAGCCAAGCAAAGUUUGUAGCUAAGGGGUUUGCUUAUGGGAAGUUCUGCAGUUUGGAAAAGAAUCAGAAAUGUUUGAUUGUUGGUUGGAAGGAAACUCCCAUUAUUUCUGUUUCAGCUUGGCGGUUUCUUUGACCUAUUAGGAAUAUUGUGUUUUAUGGGAAUAAAAAGUAUUAAA